AUGAGCCCAACAACACGAACGCUAUCCAUCCCCACCGGCCCCCAUCCCCGUGGUCGGCCUCGCUCGCCGCGCCAAGCCGCGGUCCGGUCGUCCGCCCGGCGGCCAAGCCCAAGGGCGGGGAGGGGGCCACCCGCGCUCGCGCAGCGUGGUAGCGGCGGAUGCGUCCUGAUCGACGCGUUUCAAUACGCCAUUACCGGUUGCCGAACCGGUGUCAUCGCCUACAAUUGGGCGAUAUCCCACAAAUCGUGGAACAAGUACAUGCACGCCUUGCAUGGCAACACUGUUGGCACGCGGAGCACUGCAGCACGCGAUGCCGAAACACACCCGGCGCAAGAGCCGCACCAGGCGCAAGAGCCACAACAGGCGCAAGAGCCGCACCCGGCGCAAGAGCCACAACAGGCGCAAGAGCCACAACAGGCGCAAGAGCCGCACCUGGCGCAAGAGCCAGAACCGCAGGCGCAAGAGCCACCGCAGCCGCAAGGGGCACCACCGACGCAGGCGCCACCGCAGGAGGCAAACCCGGCGCAACUGCCGUCGCAAAUCGACAUUAAUCAGAUCGCUGCAGCCAUCGCAGCCGCCAAUGCGGCGGCUACCCGCAUUGACCGAGAGGCUAGCGCUGCCGCCGCCCGAGCUGAAAGGGAGGCGAUGAUUGCUGCCUUCGCCACCGCCAGUCGCACGGGCCAUGAAGAGGCGAUGACCGAUUUCGCAACGGCCCUGCGCAAUGCCCUCUCUAAUGAGGGUGGAGCCACACGGGGCUCACUCUCAGCCAAGGUCACGCGCACGUACGACGCGGACAUCCCAAAGCUCGCGUUGUCAUCGUCGCCCAACAUGGCUGACUUGACAGGCCAGCUGGAACAGAUUGUUCAAGCAGCCAAUGGUGUCGGCUCGCAGGCCACCGUGGUUGCGGACAGCUCGCAGGAAGCGGGCAGCGUCACACCCACGCGCAAUGUCAGGCAGCGCACGGGCUGA